AUGUAUCAGUUGUCACUAAGUCGAACAACACAGACCACAAUGUUUAAGCUGGUGGUGUUGUGCACUCUCCUGGCGGUGGCGGCGGCCAAGCCCGACCUGCUCCUUCCGACCGCCUACACGACAACUUUGGUGGAGCCAGCGAAGACUACAAUCUCGCAGCAGGCCAGCAGCGUCAUACAUCCAUCACCACUGUUCUACUCUGCGGCGUACCCUUUCUCGCAUUUCAUUAAAAAACGAUCACUUGGCUUCAUCGCACCUACAACAUACAUCGCCAGCGCCCCCCUGGCUACAACUUAUUCGUAUUCGUACCCAUCGUCGUUCGUCCGAAGCACAUCGGUGCUGCACUCGUCACCCGUCUUGACUACAGCGCAUUUGAUAAAGAAGAGAUCAGUUGCCUUGCUCACCUCGCCCGUUGUCGCUCACGACACGUAUUUAACUGGCACACCCGUAGCUACUACCUACUCAGCUUCUUAUAUCAAUGAAGUACCUUUGGUACACACUCCUCUCUCCUAUCUUACUCCCGCCCAUUUCAUCAAGAAGCGCUCUGCGCCCCUGAUCACCUCCUAUUUUGCUCCCACUACAUACGCUUCCUCUUGGUACCCUGGCACUUACGCCGCUGCGGCCCCCUUGAUCUCUACUCCAUAUCUUUCAACUUAUCCCUUUGGCUACUCUUCUUAUUUCCUCAAGAAGUAAGAAGCUGGUUAUAAACUAAAUCUUACUUACUAAAGGUAUACCACU